GGAGGGACAAACAGCAGACUUCAUUGUUCCAGAGAGAUCAGCCUCUUGGCUCAGUUUCAUUGCUAGUGUUGGCAUGGGAGGUUAGGGAGUACUGGAUGGGUUGGGAGGGAAAGGCCUAUAAAUGCAGUGUGGCACAAUUGAGCUGCACCCAUCUUAAGCCAAGUUAGACCAGCUCUGAGCUAACAACCUUCUCCGACUUCAACUAUGGAUAUUCCCAUUCAGUACCCCUGGUACCGCCGUGGCUUCCCAAGCCGGUUGUCUGACCUCUCUUUGGCAGAACCUCUCGCUGACUGGCCACUGAUGUGGCCGUUCUCCUGGUCUUUCCCCUUUAUGCGGCCUUCAUUCAUGCGCUGGUUCAACUGGCCGGAAAAUGGACACAGUGAGAUGAGGAUGGAAAGGGACCGCUUUGUUAUUUAUCUGGAUGUGAAGCAUUUCUCCCUCGGUGAGCUGUCCGUCAAUGUAAGCAACGAGUUCAUCACCGUGCUCGCCAAACACGAGGACAGACAGAUUGAUCACGGCUUUGUGUCGAGAGAGUUUCUGAGGAAGUACAGGCUUCCUUCUGGUGUGAUAGGGGCCGACAUCACCUCCAAUCUGUCGUCUGACGGCAUCCUGACAAUCACAGCGCCGCGGUCAUCUCCCGGACCAGACUGCAACAUUCCCAUCUCCUUUGAAAAUGGCACACAGAAGCAAAAAAUGUAGAGCAAUCUGACAGCCCUGAAACUGAUACUAACCUACUACUACUUGUUUAGAUAUUGGCAUUUUGGGUCACACAAUAGGUCAGGCAAGUAAAAAAAAAAGAUACACGCCUAACCUGUUAACUCCUAACUCCUAACCACUGAGGCUUUAGAAAACAGUAACCUCUGGAACAGAUUUGGAGGUUGCACAACAUCUGUCUGUCAUUACAUGUGAGUUUUAUGUGCACGAUAUUAAGCUCCAGAUAAUGCAUCUUCUUAUCAUAGUCCUAUCAAAUACAUCCAUGCAUUUACCUAAAUUUUACCAAAUAUAUUCCUCUCGUUUACCAGGUGUGUGAAUAUCGCACAAAGCCUGAGAAAGCGCUGCAUUUAGGAGACCAAAUUCUAACCUUGGAAAGCCUAUUCACUCUAAUGGAAGGAGGGGAAAAGCAAGACAGCUUGGCAAAUUCCUGUCUGAGACUAACAUUAUCAGACUUAUUAGUAAAAUGCCAUCUGUGCUCUGUUUUUAGUGGGAUAACGGCGUGGGUUUCUGUAAGUGAGGAGGAGCAACAUCCGUAGGAGCGCUUGAUGGCUUUUUUUUGUUUUGUUUGUUUGUUUAUUCAAAAAGCCACAGUAAGACUUAGGGGCGAGUGGAGAGAGCGACAGAUGAAGAAUAAGUAGAGAGGAGUAGGUUGCCGUGUAAAGGACGAGCACAGGAGGCACUGUUUUUCUGAUUGCUUGUCUAUAAGUACUUUAUUGGACAGUGAGUGCAUUUUUACUUGUAAAUCCAACACUCUAUUAUUACUGUUAAGCUGGCUAUAACAUCUGGCAUAUUAACACAGAAAACAAGAUUUAGAAUAAAUAAUUAAACUCAAA